UGGUUGCCAUCAAACAAAUUGAUUUAGAAGAUUCUGAUGAUGAUAUUAGUGAGAUACAGCAAGAAAUCGCGCUUAAACCAGGUCCAUUUGAUGAACAUCAUAUUGCUAUUGUUCUUCGUGAACUUUUACGUGGUUUAGAGUACUUGCAUGUUGAAGGAAAAAUACAUAGGGAUAUAAAAGCUGCCAACGUUUUGCUUUCUGAUGAAGGAAAAGUAAAAUUAGGUAUUAUAUCCAUUGAUAAUCUUAUUAUUUAUAAAGCUUGUUUUUUUCUUGCAUAUAAUUGCAUACUGAUAAACAAUUCUGCAGCCGAUUUUGGUGUCGCUGCUCAACUUUCAAAUAAUAAGAGCAGGCGAAACACAUUUGUUGGAACCCCUGCAGAUAUUUGGUCUCUUGGAAUUACUGCAAUUGAAAUGGCCAGGGGUGAACCUCCAUUGUCAGAAUACCAUCCAAUGCGUGUUCUAUUUUUAAUCCCAAAAGCAAGAUCUCCAGUACUAGAAGGAAAUUUUUCUAGUGCUUUCAAAGAUUUUGUCAGUUUAUGUGUGAUGAAAAAUCCGAAUGACCGACCAACCGCCAAGGAUUUAUUGCGACAUCGUUUUAUAAAAUCUGCUCGUAACACUACACAAUUACAAGAAUUGAUUGAACGAUAUAGUAAUUGGAAAUCUAAUGGCGGAGAAAGGGCUGAAUCUGCGUCUCAAAAAACAGCGAAUGAAAUUGAAGCUUUGAGUAUAUUUGAAAAUAGUGUUGAAGAGCUUGAUCGUGUUAAUCCUGACUUGGUUCUUACAACAUUAGUAGAAAUAUUAAACCGGCUAAAAACCAAUGUUGAAUUAUGUGACAAAUUAUCGGAUCUGGGUGUUGUUUCUGAUGCAUUUUUAACAACUCCAGAAUUAGUGCUAGAUGCAGGUUCGUCGUCCUCAUCCGAUCAAAAUUCAUCUAAAAAUUCGUCUGAUACACCCGUAGAAGAGAAUUCACCAAAGUCCCCGAUCUCUGAAAUGUUAUAUAUUAGAUGGAUUGAACAAUUAAGAUUCAAGUGGCCUAUAAGUUUUGGAUCCAGUGGGUCAUAA